AUGACGUCCUUCAUCCAGAACAUGCUGUGGAACAGCGUGUCGGGCUUCAUAGAGGAAGGGAAGCGCACCGUAGGCGGCUACGCAGGCGAUGCGCUGAUAAAAGCGGGUGAUAUGGUCGAAGGCGGUGGACGCAGCGUGGGAACUGGCAUCGAGAAGAAAGCCACCGGCCUCGGCACCUCCAUCGGCGGGCAGACUAAAGGGCCGUCCGCCAAAGCACUACCAUCUUCUGCGCGCCGUCCCGCAGCGCACCGCUCGAACUCUCUGCCUGCGAGCACGAAGCCAGGAGGAUCUGGAGUCCCGCUGGGCGCGAAGAAGACCCCUAACACCGGCGCAGCGAAGAAGCAGGUCAGCAACAGCACCAAGAACGCCGUCAGCGGCAUCACGAAGACCGGAAGCGGUGUAACAGGCGGCGUACAGCGGGGCGUUAACGGCCUCUCCAAGCCCGUCGGCGGCGUCGUAGGCAACGUCUCAGGCGGAGUCAAGAACGCAGUCGGCCCCUACGGCAAGACCGCCUCCAAUACAGCAAACUCCUCCGUCAAGCGCAACAAACCCCUUCCCAAACCGUAUGGGCAGAGUGGACCCGAUCUGCCUAAGCCGUACGGCAACAAUAAUGCUUUCAUGAACUCAACUUCGGAGAAGAAAACGGCUGUGAGGCCGGGACAGAGCAAGCCGUUUACGGCACCGAAGGAGGAUAACGCGAAGAAGCCGUAUCCGGGGACGAAUACGCUGCCUGGGCAGGGGAAUAAGACGCCGGUUAGGAAGUAUAAGCCUGCGCAGCGGUACGAGCCGCCUACUAAGGCGGGGGAGGCUACGCACUUGUCUUUUUGA